ACUUGGUAAUAAGCGAUUCUGUAGUACUUCAUAGUGGUUACGGGUUCAAUACUGUGUUAGGUCUAACUCGGACUCGGAGCAUACCUCCAACAGUACCUCUGUACAUACGGUGCAAACAGUACGAAUCGUGCAAAGUCAACCAAUGGGGUUGCGUGCCGAUGCUUCUAGUGGACACCCGCAGCUCGAUCAUUUCUCGCCCGUUUGGAAAUCUCGCGAUGCCACGCAAGGAGGCAGAAGCAAUCACAAACAACUGAGCAUUGCCCGUCCCGACGAAGCUCUGUUGGAAACCUUAAUUGCCCGGCGCCCGACAAUCUAGCUUCUAAUAACCAUGGCAAGCAGAAUUUCUCUUUCAGUCGGCCGAUUCCGCCAGGCGAGCUGUGCGCCUUCAGCAAACCGGUGCACCUCGGCCGUUUGGCGCAAGGCAUACUCGACCGAGCUGUCCCCGCCACCCCUCCUCUCCAAGCUCAAGGAUGACCUCAAGACAGCCAUGAAGGCCAAGGACACAAACCGCCUAUCCGUCUUGCGCUCUGUCCUUGCGGCGACGCUCAAUGCCAGCAAGACAGACAAGCCUAUCACGACCAACGCACAACUAGUACGCCUCCUUCAGAGGACGGCGAAAAAAUCGCAGGAAGCGGCCCUAGAAGCUAGAGCCGUAGGCCGAGAGGAUCUGGCUGAGAAAGAGGAGGCCCAGCAGCGUAUUCUCGAAGAGUAUGUCGCAAGUGGCUCUGGCCUGGCCGGUGACGUGGGAGACGAAGAGGUCCGGCGUGGUGUUGAGGAGUACAAGGCACGGCUUGCUGCCGAGGGUGUUACAAAUAACAUGGAGAUGCGGAAACGCCUGUUCAGCAAACUAGUCUCGGAUGAUGGGCCGGUACCGGGGAGCAAGGCAAUGCUGGCUAAACAUAUCAAGGAGGCAACCAAGAGGCCAACUGCCAACAGUCAGCCUAACUUCCAUGGAAACGUCAUGGCUCUUCAAUGGGCUGCCGCGUCAUUGAACAAGGCGCUCAAAUCGUUAGGCCAUGCUCUCCCCACCCUGGAGCGUGCGGAGAAAGCUGUUGGGCACGCCAGUCGCUCUCUUCGGAAAGGACCCGAAGAGCUACCUUGGAAUCAAAACGCCACAACGGCCGUCUUGGCUACUACCGACUCUAUAAAGGAAGGUUCUGCCAGUGUCAGACAUCUCAUGGAGAGUUUCAAAGGAUAUGGCGAAGCUCUUGCGGUUGCUGCCAAGAUUAUUGAAGUAGAGGCCGAUAAAACGAAGGCCACGGAGGCGAGACCUACUCAGAGUAAGCCUCAGGAGCUUCCCGGAGGCGCUCCCAAGGGCAUGUAAAGCUUCCACGGUGGUUGCCUGCAAGCUGAAGCAAGUCAGCACUUCCUUUCAUCUGUACCUAAUGUGUAUCAACAAACCCGGAUAUGUACCAUAUAUUAUAGGGGUCCUAUCAAGCUCACGCCCCGGGCCUCUAUAAUCAUGUCCUCACUCCUAGAUUUACAGGGAUACCAAGCACCAAAAGUUGAAGCCACAAGCGGCUAAGCACGCCUUAGUAAGGACAAGUACGAGGCGGGGCGUGAUGACGGCCACAUUCGUCACACCUGUACUUAGCUCCAGGAAAUUGACGUUUGUCCACUCGUGCCAACAGAGACUGUUAGGUACUUCUCUUCAGAGUUCAGACCCUACCACCAUCAACUAAAGGCACCUAGAUACCGGUAGUCUUAGCUGUCAGUGAAGUAAUCAAGAGCAAAUGGUGGCCACACCACCCUUGUUGAAUGGU